UGUAAAUAGGUCAAGGUUGUGACAUCCUUUCCCGCGAAAUAUUAAAAGACCCAACAUGGCGACGGUGCAAUCAAAACACGAGUUGCAAUUAGACGGAAUACAGGAACAUGGGUUUCUCUCAUACUUGCGUUCUUUACCAGAGAAACCGAAUACAACAAUACGUUUUUUCGACAGAAAUGAUUACUAUACUGUUCAUGGCCCAGAUGCAGUUUUUGCUGCCAAAGAAGUUUUUAAAACAACUGGAGUCAUUAAACAUUUAGGAUCAGGUGCUAACAAGGUGGAGUCAGUGGUGCUGAGUAAGCUGAACUUUGAGUCCACAGUACGAGAUCUGCUGCUGGUGAGACAGUACAGGGUAGAGGUUUACAGGAAUAGGGCAGCUGGCAAGAAUAAUGACUGGAGUUUAGCCUAUAAGGCCUCCCCAGGAAAUUUGACCCAAUUUGAAGAUGUGUUGUUUGGCAGCAAUGACAUGUCUGUAUCAGUUGGGGUUAUUGCAGUGAAAUUAGGGACAGAGAAUGGACAGAGGGUUGUUGGUGUUGGCUAUGGAGAUGCUACGCUCAGAAAGUUUGGUGUCUGUCAGUUCCCAGAGAAUGACCAGUUUUCAAAUUUAGAGGCAUUGAUAGUCCAGUUGGGACCCAAGGAAUGUGUCCUGGCCAGUGGUGAAGGUUCCCCUGAGGUCUCCAGAUUAAAACAAGUCAUUGAGAGGAGUGGGGUGCUAAUCACUGAGAGAAAGAAAGCUGAUUUCUCUACUAAAGAUAAUGUGCAAGAUCUCAACCGUCUACUUAAGUUUAAGAAAGGAGAACAAGCUAACAGUGCAGCACUUGCUGAGAUGGACAAAACACAUGCUAUGGCUGCCGUAUCUGCACUAAUCAAAUACUUGGAGCUCCUGGGUGAUGAGACCAACUUUCAUCAGUUUUCCCUGCAAAGUUUUGACUUGAGCCAGUACAUGAAGCUGGAUGCUGCAGCUGUGAAUGCACUCAAUCUGAUGCCUAGCCCAAAUGAAGGCAGCAACAAAAACCAGAGUGUGUUGGGACUGUUGAACAGGUGUCGCACCCCACAGGGACAGAGACUGCUGGCUCAGUGGGUCAAACAACCUCUUAUUGAUAAAAACAGGAUAGAGGAGAGACUGAAUGUUGUUGAGUCUUUUGUGGAGGACACAGAGCUGAGGCAGACGUUGCAGGAGGAUCAACUGAGGAAGGUUCCAGACUUUCAGAGAUUGGCCAAGAAAUUUCAGAAGAAGAGAGCCAACUUACAGGAUUGCUACAGAGUAUACCAGGCCUUGGAGAAGAUGCCUUACUUACUGGAGGCCCUGGAAAAACACCAAGGCAAGCAUACACCACUGCUCAUGGAGCUGUUUACAAACCCUAUGAAGGAAUUGCUGAUGGAUUUCUCCAAAUUCCAAGAAAUGGUGGAGACUACAAUUGACUUAGACCAGGUAGAGAACCACGAGUUCCUCAUCAAACCUGACUUUGAUGAAGGCCUAGCAGAGCUGCGCGAAAAACUAGAUAAUGUAGAAAAACAAAUCAAGGCACAACUGAACAAGGCUGCCAAGGAUCUGAAUCUGGAGCCCAACAAAGUCCUAAAGCUGGAGUCUAAUUCACAGCUUGGCUAUUUCUUCAGAUUGACUCGGAAGGAGGAAAAGGUGUUGAGGAACAACAAGAAUUACAGAACAAUUGAUACAAACAAAAGCGGUGUUCGCUUUCACAACACCCCCCUACGUCAGCUGAAUGAGGAAUUCAUCGCUCUGAAAGAUGAUUACAAUGAACAGCAGAAGUCUGUGGUAGCAGAGGUGAUUGCUAUUGCAGCUGGUUAUGUGGAACCUAUGAUCCUGCUAAAUGACGUUAUAGCCCACUUGGAUGCCUUGGUCAGUUUUGCCCACGUUUCUGCCAACGCUCCUAUUCCCUACAUCAGGCCUCGCCUUCUGGAUAAAGGUGCUGGCAUAUUGCGUCUUACAGAGGCCAGACAUCCUUGCUUGGAAAUGCAGGAUGAUGUGGCUUUCAUUCCAAAUGAUGCCAUUUUUGAGAAAGAUAAAAAGAUGUUCCAUAUUAUCACGGGACCCAACAUGGGUGGCAAGUCCACUUACAUAAGAUCGGUUGGUGUUAUAGUCCUGAUGGCACAGAUAGGUUGCUUUGUGCCCUGCACGGAAGCGGAGAUCUCCCUGAUGGACUGUAUACUGGCCAGGGUAGGGGCAGGGGACAGCCAGCUCAAAGGAGUGUCCACUUUCAUGGCUGAGAUGUUGGAGACUGCUUCCAUUUUAAGGACAGCCACAGACACCUCCUUGGUGAUAAUUGAUGAGCUAGGCAGAGGAACCUCAACAUAUGAUGGGUUUGGAUUGGCUUGGGCAAUAUCAGAGUACAUAGCCACCAAGAUAGGAGCCUAUUGUCUGUUUGCCACCCACUUCCAUGAGUUGACGGCGUUGUCAGAUGUUGUUCCCACAGUGAACAAUCUCCAUGUUACAGCUCUCACUACCAAUGAUACACUAACACUGCUGUACAGGGUGAAGCCAGGUGUUUGUGACCAGAGCUUUGGGAUCCAUGUCGCAGAGUUGGCACAUUUUCCAAAACAUGUCCUUGAGUUUGCCAGGCAGAAGGCCCAGGAACUUGAAGACUACCAGAGCAUUGAUUUAAAAGGAACAGACCUGGAAGGGGAAGGGGAACCAGCUGUAAAGAAGAGAAAAAUAGCUAAGCAGGAAGGAGAAGAACUGAUAAAAGAAUUCCUCACCAAAGUGAAAGCAUUACCUGUGGCAGACUUGACCCAGGAACAAAUCAGUUGCGAACUUAACAAGUUGAAAGCUGAAUUAGCAGCUAAAGGCAAUCCCUACAUACAGGACCUUAUGGCACGGAGUGUGUGAAUUCCUGCCUUAGGUGGAAGUUAGUCUAAAACGGUGUUUGACUGCCUUAAUAUGUUGAGCAAAAGUCUUAAUUGUACUUACAGUGUUAAGACAGAUGCUGGGAUUAGCCAUGCACUAGUACUUGCCUGUUAUUCUACACAAGUUAAAGUGUUGCAUGAAGAAGGCUUUCUUGUACAUUUAGUUUUAAAAGAAAUUUAAAGAUAAUAGGAUCAAACUUAUUUUGGAAACUUAAUUGCUUUGGAAACUCACAUAUUUUUGACACUAAGGCUUAAGUGAGAAACUUGUUAUGCAUAUCAAUGUUUGUACUACACAUACAUGUACAUACUUGUAGAUAAUUAGUAUACAUUGCUAAUGCAGAUAUUAUGACAUUCACUUUAAUGUUGAAAUUAAGGAUUCAAAUGUUCAUUUGUUGAGCAUUAAAUUGGCAUGUUAUUUGA